AUGCCUGCCCUAUUCAAGUCGUUCGUAGUCUGCGCCUUAGUAGCCGUGACGCAGGCCGACACUAUCAAGAUCACGGCUCAACCCGACAACACAUUCAACCCAAACUCUGUCACAGCGAAGAAGGGUGAUAUCCUUGAGUUUCACUUCCAAUCUCAGAACCACAGUGUUGUAGCAGGUGACUACAAGUAUCCUUGCUCACCUCUUCCGAUGGGCAGUGGUUUCUUCUCUGGAUACGUGCCCGCAGAAAAUGGCGAAGCAGACAAGGUGUUCCGAGUGACAGUGAACAGCACAGACCCCAUGGCUUUUUAUUCCUCCCAAAGUAACGAAUGCGCCAAGGGCAUGGUCGGCAUGAUCAAUGCAAACGGCACAGAAACCCUCGAUGACUACAAGAAACGGGCUGCCACGUUGGCCAGAGGUGUCACCCCUGGCAAUUCUCCCUACGGCGGAGUCGUGGCCGAGAGCAAGUCCUCCGAAUCAGGCGACAGCAAGAAGAAUGACAAGGACAAGGACAAGGGAAGCAGCGCUAAGAGCGCUGCUGGUGUUCUGCAUGUUCCUCUCCUAACACUGGCCACCGCUUGGGGGGCUAUGUUUUUGAGACAGAGUUAUUCGACGAUGCGAGGCGGCGGUGCGUUGUCAAAGGGCACCGCCCGCCGGUUACACCGCUCUCGCGACGUGCGAUUUGCAAAGCAAUACUCUUGCAUCGGGCAAAUGAGCUGUCGGCCAACAGCAAUCAAGCAUUUCCCGACGUGCCGGACACCCAUACCGCUGCCAACUGCGCUUCCGCCAUACAACACAGGUUUUCGAAGCGCGGCAACCAUUGCGGAUGACCAGCUGCACAAAGGGGGCCCCUUAUCAGAGUAUGAUAGACGGGUAGAGGACGGCCUCUUACGAAAUGACGACCAUCAGCGGGGCAUCAUUGAAAGUCUGCAAAACCUGUACAACGAGCUGCGCAACUACCACGCCCCCGAGGUCAAGCGCCCCAGCGUCGACUCUUUGCAUCCGCCCAGGAAAUCAGUGUUCUCGUCAAUAUUCGGCUCGGGCAGCAAAGCACAAUCCAGCGUGGGCGACAUCCCCGACGAUCUGCCCCGCGGCUUGUACCUGUACGGCGACGUGGGCAGUGGCAAGACGAUGCUGAUGGACCUGUUCUACGACACGCUCCCGAGCUCCGUCAAGACAAAGACGCGAAUCCAUUUCCACAACUUCAUGCAAGAUGUACACAAGCGGCUGCACAAGUUGAAAACGGAACGCGGGACUGACGUGGACGCCGUGCCGUUUGUCGCAGCGGACAUUGCCGAGCACGGAAGCGUACUGUGCUUCGAUGAGUUUCAGUGCACAGAUGUGGCGGAUGCCAUGAUUCUGCGAAGGCUACUAGAGUGCCUCAUGUCCCACGGCGUCGUCCUGGUCACGACGUCCAACCGUCACCCCGAUGACUUGUACAAGAACGGCAUCCAACGAGAGUCCUUCAUACCCGCCAUCAAGCUCCUGAAGAACAGACUGCAUGUCAUCAAUCUCGACUCGCCCACUGACUACCGGAAAAUCCCCCGCCCGCCGUCAGGGGUAUAUCACACGCCGCUCGACGGCCAUGCCAAAUCUCAUGCCGAGAAAUGGUUUCGCUUCCUCGGAGACUCCUCGGACGACCCGCCACAUUCAGAGACGCAAAAGGUUUGGGGGCGAGAAAUCUACGUACCCAAGGUUAGUGGCAGAUGCGCCUGGUUCACAUUUGACGAGCUCAUACGGCAACCGAAAUCCGCUGCCGACUACCUCGAACUUGUGCGCGCAUACGACGCCUUUAUUGUAACCGGUGUGCCGGGAAUGACAAUCAGAGAGCGCGAUCUCGCCCGCCGAUUCAUCACGUUCAUCGACGCCGUCUACGAGGGCAACGCGAAACUGGUCCUCACCACGGAAAAGCCACUGACGGAGCUCUUCGUUUCAAAAGAUGAAAUUGGCGAGGCCCUACUGCGAGACAAUCCUCAGAGCACUGGUGAGGAAGAACGAAUGCCGUCUGCCGUGCAGGAGAUAAUAGAGGACGUAGACCGCCAGGCCGAUGAGCUCAAGAAUUCAGGUCUCUUUGCAGGCGAAGAGGAAGCGUUUGCGUUUAUGCGAGCAUUGAGUCGGCUCAAGCAUAUGGAGAGCAAAGAAUGGGUAGAGCGAGGCAUGGGAUUGGAAAGCCAGGGAGGCAAGCGGGACAGAGAUAACUGGUCCAAGACGAGAAGUCGACAAAUGGAAGACUCAAUGUAG